AUGAUAGGGAGAUUGCACAGGCAAAAUAGUUUCGGGCCUCCCGAAAAGAAGAGUACUCUGGUUAUCUCCAGAGCCAUGGAAUUUAAAAUCUUAGAAGGAGAAUCCUCCAUUCCAAACGCCUCACCAGUAGUUUUAGAAAGCAUAAAUAAAAGCCUGGAGUCUUUAAUAGUCUCACAUAGAGGCACUAAACGAGUGGUUUGCGAUCUGCCGAGUUUUGUCAACAAUAUUGUUAUAUCGCAUUGUGAUUUAUCAGAUAAAGAGCUAAUUGAUAAGUCAGUACUAUUAUAUAUAAUUUAUUUAUUAUUAUUUUGUCUUUUUUUUUGUUUUUAUGGAAUAAAUAAUAAUUAUAGACGUUAUGGAGAAUAUUUUGAUGGAUAUUCCCUGGCGAAUAAUGUACAGUACAUUCCUGUGGAAAUUGAGUGUCUGGCCAAUUUGGGGCCGGAACUCAGUAAGUCUAUCCUGUCACUUUUUGUAUCCAUAAUUUUCGAUUAUAUAAGUGAAGAUAAUAACUUGCUAGAACCCGAGCUUAUUAAGUGGGGAACCACUUUCCUACAGAGGAUGGGAAAGAUACUGAACCUGACGGAAGUUGAUGUUUCCUCCAUAAUAAAACCAGUUUCGCAGAGUCUGGAGCUGAAGCAACUUGGAAUGAACUUUGAUGAUUUGAAGCUAGAGAAACGGAUCCAUGUAAAUUAUAUCCAGGAACAACUGAGACCCAUGCAAGAUAGCAUUAACGAUUUUUUCAAACAAGCUAUAGGAACUGAUGAUAACGAAUCUGAUUUUACAACCGAAGUCUCUCAAACUGAAAUGCACAAACAAUCAGAACCACCGGAUUUAUUAAAUGAUGAAACUGAUCAGGAUUUUUUAAAAUAUUUCCCAGACGACAAGUACUUAUCUCAGUACAUACAAGAUAAGCAACAAUUAGUACAAGAUUCACAAGAACAAAAUUUAUUAAAAGUUGAGUCAGAUGAAGAUUUACUGCAGGAUGAUUUGGAAGCUGAUGAUGAAGAUAAGGAGGAGGAAGAGUGUUUUAAGAGGAAUUUCAUAGAAAAUUAUCGUCCUGAAAGGGGACCAGAUGAUGAAAAUGAUCCAUUUUCUGAAGUUUUAGGCACUCUUGAACCUCCUUUAUCCCAAGAAAUAACUGAAACUAUUAAUUUGGAACAUUUUAAUUUUAGUCCUGAUCCAAAUGUUAAUAUAAAUGAUAGCACUGAUUUGAAUGCUGAUGAUGUAAACAAAAGUGAUUUAAAUUUUAAUGACGUAAAUGAAAGUCCAAAACUGAUUGACAUGAACAUUAACGCUUCUCCGUCUAAUUUAAGCUCAAGUUCAAGUUCCGAAACUGUCCUGGAUGCCGAUGAACAAGAACAAGAAAGAGAUAGCUUACUUAGAGACUUAGAAAGGUCAAUUGGACAUAAAUCUGGACCUUCAAACGUGGAUUAUGAAAACUUGUUGAAUGAUAUGUCGAACUUAAACUUACCGCCAAAGAAAAAUAAGAGCCUGCCCUCUAAAAUCUUGGGGAAUAUUUCAAAGAAGAUCAACCGGGUGUUUUCAAUAAACUCAGAUAAAACCGGAAAGGUCAGCUAUAAAUCCUCAAUUGAAAGUCAUCGAUCAUAUCCCAAUCAAGAUUAUCUAAAUAACUUGCUGCUGAUUGAAAAGUCGCCCGACGUGGUGGCAGUUCUGGUCAGGAAUUUGUUGCUGAAGUAUAUAAUAUCAGGAUUCAACGACUCGAGAGCACAGGUGGUUUUUGCAAAAUUUGCAAACCUGCUCGGAGUGACAACAGCAAGCGUGCUGAGCAUAGAGAACAACAUCGUGUCAGAUUUGGCUGGAAUUUUGGAUGUGAACGCAGCUAAAACAUCAAGUAAGAAGGUGAGUAAGAGACUAAAAAUACUGAGCGCAACUGUGGGAGGAACAGCACUUCUAGCACUUACAGCAGGAGUAGCGUCACCAGUUCUUGCAGUGGGUAUUGCAUUUCUAGGACUUUCAGGUACAGGAUUCUCAACGUACCUGAGUUCAAAUGAAGGCUAUAACGUCUUGAAGAAUAUCUUCGGACUUAACGUGUCUUUGACGCAGUUCAAGGCGAGAAGAGAACUGAUGACAAACUUACAGUUCAUACAAAUGAACCCAAACGUAUUUGGAGAUUCCAUUUCUGACGCCGAAAGUUCUCACUAUUCGUCUGGUAAGGAGUCAAACAGGCCUGAGAAAGAGGAGGUGAAUAGUAACUAUAUUGGGAUCUGCAUUUGUGUGGGAAAUAACGUCUUUUUAAAUGAAAUCUUCUUCUUCGAAAACGAGUCAUUUGACUUCAAGUCGACGGAAACCAUACGCCAUUUAGACUCAGAAUAUAUUGAAAUUUGGAAACGCCAGUUCCCAGUGCCAAUUAAUGACCUGUACCUGCUCAAGUGGGAAUCUAAGCUACUAGCCUCACUCCAUAGAAUGCUCCUGAAACUCACCUCGCUCUCCAUAUACCAGAAGUCACUUGAACUCUACAGAACUAUAAACAACUCAGUCUACGUUACGAACGUUAACCCUAAAGAUUUACUGGACAGCAAUAGUUUGUUUGACACUGGAGGUAUGGUUCAGGCAGAUAAUGUUCGGGAUAGUAGUGGGGGGAAUCGCUAUUUCAGCAUUGAAGGUAGUAGUGGAAACUACUACUCAAGCCCGAAUCGUAACUCCCCAACAAUUUCACCCACCAAGGAUAGAGAUUCUGGCUCGUCAAAAUUCGACCCCUAUAAUAACAAUAACAUAAAUAACAUUAACUGGCCCUUGGCCCUAAUACAGCUCUGCAGUAACUUGGACAACUGCUGGCUCGUGUGUAGGAGUCGAGCUGAGGUGUGCGGCGGCUUGUUGGCAACUGCGAUUUGUGAUAAACUUCUCACCGGCGACCGCCACGUAUCCCUAAUUGGCUACUCCAUGGGUGCUCGCGCCAUUUUGUAUUGCCUGCUAAAACUUUUCGAGCGCAACAAACUCAACACUGUCAAGGACGUUGUUCUCAUGGGUCUCCCCAGCACUGCAGGCUACUCCGAGUGGAGCAAGUGUUCCUCGGUUGUUGCAGGCCGUCUCAUCAAUGUCUAUAAUGAGAACGACUGGAUUCUCGCUUUCCUUUACCGUUACACCUCAAUCAACAAGGUCGCUGGUCUUGCUCCCGUUGUUCACGAAAAGGUUGAAAAUUUUAACGUCUGUAACCUUUUCGACAGCCAUGCUGACUACUUUGAAAACAUUUCCAAAAUCCUCUCAUUCAUCAACAUUCAGCUUUAA